AUGACCUCGCAAGAUUACGCGGCCUCCGUACAACCGACGUAUUCAACGAACACCAACGCCUACAAUGCCUAUCAAUGGCCCACAGCUAUUAAUGGGAUAAAUACGUUGAAUACGCUUGGAACUUACAAUCCAUACAAUAGUUAUACUACCACGACGACGCAGAUGAACAACGCCUAUGGCGGUUUUCGAGUUGGUGGUGGCAUUUCACCUAUCGGUGGCAGCCGAAGCGCAUCGGGUGGCAGCACAGGAACGACCUUGUCCGGAACUUCCGCCUCGACCGCCUCACCAUCCCGUGGAUCAUCCUGUGGUGGAGGCGACCAGCAGCUUACCAGUUCUGAACUGGCAAGAAUUCGACGUACCGGCAACUAUGGUUGUGCGAAACCGCCGUAUUCCUACAUAUCGUUGAUAACGAUGGCUAUUCAGCACUCAGCUAACCAUAAGAUGACCCUGUCAGAGAUCUACAAUUGGAUCAUGGACCUGUUCCCCUAUUAUAGGCAGAACCAGCAAAGGUCAGGAAGAGGGUGGCAAAACUCAAUCCGGCAUUCCCUAUCGUUCAAUGACUGCUUUGUGAAGAUUGCUAGAACCCCGGAUAAGCCAGGAAAAGGUUCAUUUUGGACAUUACACGAGCUUUGCGGUAACAUGUUUGAGAACGGCUGCUAUCUUCGGCGUCAGAAGCGUUUCAAGGUCAAGGAGAGGGAUCCACCCAGGAAGAAGCGCAACAACAACCAAAACCACAACCACCAAGGUCAAGCCAACAAUAGCGCCACCAUCAAAGAAGAACUGGAUGAUAGUUAUAAAAUCGAGGAGGCGAAGAUGGAUCUGGGUCAGACGAUCCCCAAUGGAUCCCAGGAUAUCAAAGACUCCCUUCAACAAUCGCAACAACAACAACAAAUGCAACAGAUCUCCAUGUCGACGCCAUCGUCGUUGAGUCAACCGACGUCUGUCAUAUCCACCAUUGGCACUACCCCUCUUGGAGCUCAGACGACUACUGUAAGUCAUUCAUUGUCUCUUUCUUCCGGUUCCUAUUGUAAUGAUUGCCUCAGGAUGUGCCUUAUGGUUGCGUCACUUCCUAAACAUUAG